GAGAUAAAACGUAAUUUCUCUCUCGCUGUAGUCAUGACUGAUGAACAGAAGGCCAGACAUUGCACCAAGAGACCAAUGACAAAAGAAGACUAUGAGGCCAGGCAAAGCAUCAUCCGCCGGGUCCUGGACCCCGAGACGGGGCGAACCAGGCUCGUACGAGGCGAUGGGGAAAUCUUAGAAGAAAUUGUCAGCAAGGAGCGACACAAGGAAAUCAACAAGCAAGCCACUAAGAGAGAUGGUGAUGGCUUCCAGAAGAGAGUGGGCAUCAAUAGGUAGCGAGGUGUGCAUUUCGAGACAACUUCAAGCCAAUCCAAAGCCUUCUCCUGCAUUUAUACAAGAAUUCAACUAUUUCUUCAUUUCUUAGUUCUUGGUUUAGAUUCCUCCCCAGUUACUAAAUAUCACAGAAAUGUGAUUCCAGAACAACAGUUUGCCCUCAGAUAUUGUAUUGUAAUGUCCUGGCGGCUAAAUGAGGCGAAUUAAUUCAUAGUCAAAGCAGGAAGAGUCUGGAUCUCAUUUUUCUGUUAAUGUAGAAAUUGGCUAAUUUAUUUGCAGUCUGAUGGUUUUCACUCCCACCGAAGCUCAGCAUCUCUUAAAUAUCAACUGAUGGUAUUACAGAGGACUGCCGCAACAUCAAUAAAAUAUCUUUCUUACACAUUA